AUGGUCUCGCUUUCAAAGAGACGUACCGAAAAACCAAAAGGCUAUAGACCGUAUGCUCUAUUGGGAAUUGGUGUGGUUGCUACGGUGGGAGUCGGAAGCAUUAUUCAAAUAUCUGUUCCCGACGAUAUUUUGAGCACUCUGCCGGAAGUAAAGGAGUACAAGCCAACAACGCAGGCACUAGGACGUACAGCUAGUAAACAUCCAGGCUCUACGUUCUAUCAAUAUCCAAAGAACACUGCGGCGUUUGUGCCAUCGUCGACGUGCCAGGACGGACUACCGGAAACAGAUCCGACACCGUUCAUGUCCCUGGACGACGUUCAACAAGUGGUGACGAAAUAUGAGCACGAAGAGUACGCGCUCGAAAGGAAAAGGAAUUUUGACUCGAUUGGAAAGCUUCUCUACCAAUUCGCACUCGAAAAGAACCAAAUGCUACUGACGGUUCAAAUUGGAGGGAUGGAUGGCAAAACCAGCGACCCAAUGUAUCGAAUGUUUGUGCGCAGAAACAACAAUAAAUUUUUGAACCACUGGCUGCCGGUAAUUGUGGAGCCGGUCCCAGCUAACUUUGAUGCCUUGACUGAGACUUACUCAGACGUAAUCUCUACCCGAAAGCUGAAGUGCCGCGUCUUGUCGAACUGGGCGGCCUCGUAUUUGGGUGACUCGAAAUGCAAAUUUUGUCAAUUUGACGUAUCGGAAACAGCGCACCCUGAUUGCAACAAACGCGAGAAGUGGGCACGGAAGCAGUUGGGUACUUUAGGUUGUGACUAUAGUCGCGUGUUCUUCGGAGCAGAUUUUGACAAAUGCAUCAUACAAGACGAGAUCCCUUGCGGUACAAUUGCGGAAUUGCUACGUGACAAGCAACUCCCAGAUGAUGCUCCCAUUGCAAUGUUACAGAUAGACGUUGAAGGUUACGAACAUGUCAUAAUACCGUCACUCUUCGACGAAUUGCCUGAGUCCGCCCUACCGCCUGUCAUUCAUUUUGAGCACAAAGUGAUGCGCGCGAAAGACGAACUCAACGGGACAAAACGCGCCAUAGAAAUCAACAAGCUGCUGCGCCUACACGGAUACAUUUUGUUUGACGAAGGUGACAACAUGUUGGCCAUACGAGUCGCUUCCAGAGAGUAA